UGAUCAUUGCGCGUACUCGCAUCAUCGCAUAUUGCACGAAUGGCGUCAUGAAAUGGUUUAUCGUUUGCGAGUAAAGAAUUUAUUGGAUGAAAGAGGGCAAAUACGCUCAUAAUUCUUCCGCAGGUGUAUUCUUUACUGAAGAUUGUUGAACGGCAACGGUGCGGGAUUCAGCCAUAUUCGAUUGUAGAAAACAAAAAGGGUUACAUGAGAGAGAGAGAGUGAAACACAAAAUGCGGAGAAUGCGUUGUGGCUUUCCAAAGUUGUUUCCGACUUUCCCACGGGGACAAACGGAAGAUCGCCCGGCACUCGAUCGGGGCUUAGGUAUUACAUGAGACACGAUGUAGCACAACACCUCGUCUCGUGCAUUUCGUGUAGUGGUUUUAAAAAAUCCCGCAGGUAAUCCACAGCUGUAGGAUCGUCACUUGAGAGAGAAAAAAAAAUCUCCCAGAUCUCCCAGCAGGAUGGAAUCUCACCUGCUGAAGGGGGCUCUGGUGAGCUAUGGCCAGGAGUUGCUGAGCGCCCUGAAGGAAGAGCAAGGCUUGGGCUAUGCCCUGCAGGGGCUCAGCCGCAGUGACCUGCAGCAAGCUCAUCCGAGGCAUAGAGACCAAUUGCUGCAAGACCCGGCGAAACGGUCAAAGUUCAUCCGCUUCGUGGCACGCAAGGCUGACGUCCUCUACAAGACGUGGGACACUCUGCCUCACACGCUUACCACCGAUGAAGAAAACGAAGAGUUAUGUGCAGUAAUGCCUCCCAUUGAGAGCUUCAUGAGCGUUCCUGCGGCUGAGCGGAAAAAGUACUUCUUUGAGACACUGAAGAAGGGCGACAUUGUGGUGGGACAUAUCAGCGGGAAGCAAGAAAAUGGCUUCUUUGUAACCCUACUGUGCAUGGACGGAGGGCUGCGCCGAGAAAUUCAUGACCUUGGAAUCAAGGCCUUCUGCCCACUGAAUCAGAUCCAGACGUUCUCUGCCCACGAGAGCCCGUUUGACAUAUUCCAGUCCAAAGACCUUGUGCGAGGGGUGGUCAUCAGUUGCUCUUCAGAGUUGGAGCGUAUUAUCCUCUCCAUGAAGUCAGACGCUCUGCCUGCGGAUCAGCAGCACCUCAUGAAACUGGGCCUGCUAACGGAGGAGGAGAUUCCGAGUCAUCAUAAGCGCUUACUGUCGACGCAUGGCAGGUCCUUCCAGGAAGUUCUAGAACGCACUAUGGGAUUCAAUAACCCAGCCACAGCGACACAUUUGUGCUCUGUUCUGGGCAUCCCGUCAUGGAAGCAGGCGUCUCUCAUGAAGGGCAUGCAGAUGAAGGAGUACCCUCGGGAAGAGUAUGCCGUGGCCCUGAGGAAGGCCCAGUCGUCCAAGUGGGCAUACAAAAGUUUGAAGGACGGGGUGAUGCACUUCAAGGCAGGCAACCAUACAGAGGCAUUUGUCUGUUUGAAUAAAGCAUUGCAGAUUGACCCCGAAAACGUAGAAGCACUGGUUGCGCGAGGUGCACUAUUUGCCAACAACAGCAACUUACGAAGGGCACUCGAAGACUUUGAGGCAGCCUUAGCAUUGAAUCCGAAUCAUCCUAAUGCUCGCAAGUACAUGUCGGAAACCCUUGUGGCGCUCGGCAGAUACUACGAAGAAAAGGGUGAUUUGGAAGGUGCAGUGAAGACCUAUAAGAAAGCAGUGAAAGUGAACCUCAGCAAUGCGGACGCUAGAGACGCUCUGAUGGCUGUGGAGGUUCGAGACCGCAAGAAGGACAGUGACACUCACUCACUUGCCAGCCAGACGUCCGCACUGGCCGACCCCCAGGCAGGAGUGAGCAAGCCGAAGGACACGCGCGAGAAGCUGCGUAUGCUUCUGCGCGAAGACGAAAAGAAGAAGCACAAAAAACACCAUCGCAGUCGACGCAGUUCUUCCUCUUCCUCCGCCAGUUCGAGCUCAUCAUCUGGGUCAUCUCGCUCGUCGUCGUCUUCCGGCUACGGGCGGCACCGUUCGCACAAGCAUCGCUCUCGGAAGCACCACAAGGGGGACGGUGAAGCUGCUGAGAAGCACCACGGUUCCAAGAAGAAGAAGUCCAAGGAGGGUAAGGCGAAGGGCUCCGAGAAUGGUGCUCCGGCUCCGGAACCGGCCCCACCGGGCCAGCCCACGGACGAGGAAGAUUCGUACUGGAAGAUGGCGGGGGAAACACGCGGUGGAGCAACAGGUCAGGCCGCCGCCGUUCAGCAGCCUCUGGCCGCCAGCAGCUCUGGCAGACAGGCGCGCAGAUCAAUGUCUCCGCUGUCGAGAGCGCUCGCGCAACGGCUCUACGAAGCCGAAGAAGAGCUGGGCGUGCACAAGUCUGCCUAUGCUCCCCAGGAAGAAACAACAAGGAAGUCGACGCCUUCACCGAAGGUGACUUUUGUCAACCGAUUGUCAGAAUCGCAGCAGGCACCUCGACUGUUCCAUAUCAGCGGGAGUGACGUCGCACAGGGCAGCGCCCCCUACGACAGGAAAGAAGGCGGCGACGGCUUUCGCAUGGAAUCAGUGGUACGACGACCCGAGGUGGCGCCACCAGCAGAGCGCAAGAGCAUCGAAUUUAAGUGGAAAGCCGUCAAGAAGCCGCUCCAGCAGGCGGACGCCGAGAGUCACGAAGAAGGUUCCGUGACCAGCGAUGACGAAAAGAAAGAACCCGAGAAGAAAGAAGAGAAAGAAGGCGACGACGGCAAGGAAGCGUCGAGCCACGAAGAAGGUUCAAUCCGUUCAGAGUCCGACCGCGAGAAGGACCGCAAGAAGAGGAGGGAUUACUCCAGCAGUCGAAGCAGUUCGGGCGGAAGAAAAGAGAGGCCGGCGGAGAAACACCGCCGGAGGAUUCGACGGCGCGCCGACUCCGAGAGCUACUCAUCGUCGGCGCACUCGAAAUCGCCGCCGCCGCGGCGGCGCAGGCGGCGCAGCGGCGACCGGUCCGAGGACUACUCGUCCGACCGGUCCAGCGUGUCGCGGGGCCGGCGGCGGCGCGGACGCAGUUCCGACAGCUCGCGCAGCCGCAGGCGGUACUCUUCGGAAGAUUCUCGCGACGGCAAGGGUCGUAAGCGCGACGACAGCUACAGCAGCGACUCUUCCCAUCGGCGCCACUCUCCCUCACGACGAGGGCGAGGAGGUUACAGGCCUUACUACCACCAGAACAGAGGAGGCUACUACAACAACCGAAGGUACAACAACUACAGGGGCGGGUACCAAAACAACCGCUACUUCCGCGGCGGCAGGGGCGGUCGACGGCCGUACAGGCCCUACUACAACCGCGGGUCGCCGCGGUACUACAACAACAGCGGCGGGUACAGCAACCGCAGCAGAGACAGCAGGGACAGGAGGUCGGGUUCCGAAGGUCACGAUGACCGCGGAGGCUCUUUCUGCCCUCCGUGGAAGAGGAAGAACCCGAUCGUGAGCCGCGCUCCGGACGCGGAAGAGCUGAAGAAGUUGAAGGAGGCGGCUGCCCAGCGUCACCAGGAGAAAGAGGAGGCAGGAAGCUCGAAGAUUACAAAGGCAACGAUCAUCAGGAAUUGGCUGGAUGAUGCGGAUUCACGAUCUCCACCCAGGGGUUCCGUGUCGCCCAAGGCGUCGGCGCCGAGGGCAGCCGACGUAGUGCCCGCCUUACCCGUGCAGCCGCCGUUACCGCCGAUCUCCUUCAGGAAUCAGCAGCCGCCACCGCCCGGCGAGUAGACGUGACGGGAAGUGACUGUGUACUUUAUUUUUAUUUUUUUCUUUGUGAGCCGUGCAAACCCCAGCAUGAACCCUUCUCGUAGAGUCACGAUUUUUAAUUCAUUCCUGUACUGACGAGCGGCUCAAGCAGCUCUGGCAGCCAACUCUCUCUCUCUCUCUCGACGAAUAAGCACGAAGGUAAUUUUUAAGCUGUGGAUCACUGAAGGGGUGAGGUAUUACUUACUCCUUCCAUUGCAAAAGAAAAAGUAAAGUAAUUUAGGUGGUCAGAGAGAACACAGUGUUAUGGCACUUAUUAGUCAUGACCAUAUCAAUUUCUGGUGUUUCAUUUUUUUCCCUCAACUAUUGUGCGCUUGCUGCUACAGCAUUGUCAUUAACUGUGUGGUCGCUAAAUAAAGCAGAAAAAACUGCA